GCGGGGCAGAGGUGGUUCCCGGAGCGGGUGCUCCAGCUGGGGCGUCCCCGAAGUCGGCAAGGGAGGGGACCCCGGGCGCGGCCUCCUGCGGCGGGGAUUCCCUUCCCGAGCGCAGGGGCGGGGCCGGGACGCCCCUGACGCGGCCGCGGGGGUGUUCCCCGCCCGGUGUCGUUCCCCGCGGCAGGUUGCCCCGACUGGAGCUGCAACCAUGGGAAACACCACCAGCGAGCGGGUGUCCGGGGAGCGCCAUGGUGCCAAGGCUGCGCGAGCCGAGGGCGGCGGCCAUGGCCCGGGCAAGGAGCACAAGAUCAUGGUGGGGAGCACCGACGACCCCAGCGUCUUCAGCCUGCCCGACUCCAAGCUCCCCGGGGACAAAGAGUUUGUGCCAUGGCAGCAGGACUUGGAUGACUCUGUGAAGCCCACCCAGCAGGCCCGGCCCACUGUUAUCCGCUGGUCUGAAGGAGGCAAGGAGGUCUUCAUCUCUGGGUCCUUCAACAAUUGGAGCACCAAGAUCCCACUGAUUAAGAGUCAUAACGACUUUGUUGCCAUCCUGGACCUUCCAGAGGGAGAACACCAGUACAAGUUCUUUGUGGACGGACAGUGGGUUCAUGACCCAUCAGAGCCUGUGGUUACCAGUCAGCUUGGCACAAUUAAUAAUUUGAUCCAUGUCAAGAAAUCUGAUUUUGAAGUAUUUGAUGCUUUAAAGUUAGAUUCCAUGGAAAGCUCUGAGACAUCGUGUCGAGACCUAUCCAGCUCACCCCCAGGGCCUUAUGGUCAAGAAAUGUAUGUGUUUCGAUCUGAGGAGAGAUUCAAAUCCCCACCCAUCUUGCCCCCUCACCUACUCCAAGUUAUUCUUAACAAGGACACUAAUAUUUCAUGUGACCCAGCCUUACUUCCUGAGCCCAACCAUGUUAUGCUGAACCAUCUCUAUGCGCUGUCCAUUAAGGACAGUGUGAUGGUUCUUAGUGCAACCCACCGCUACAAGAAGAAGUAUGUCACCACGCUGCUGUAUAAACCCAUUUGAAGAGGACAUCACUCCUUGCCUCCAAGGAUUCUGGAGAAGCAUCUCCCUUGCCUUUGAACUGACCCGGUCUUCUGUGAGGCUGGAAGGCUGAUUUGUGUUGAGGCUGAUAUGUGUGUUUCAGAGCCUCUUGAGUAGGGUGCUCUGCUUUUGCAUUUGAUUGCAGAUGAGAGCUUUAUGAGUUCAUGGAGUUUAUUUUAAGAAAAACAAAAACAUAUAUAUGCAUAUGAGAGGAAGGUUACUGGACGCCUCCCAGCCCAGCUGGAUAGGUUCUCUCUGCCUAUCCAGAGAGAAGUCGCCAGGGCCUGAGUGGGAAGCUGUGCCGCAUGAAUGAGUAUACCGGAAGCUUCUUUUCCUAAAGUGAAGGAAUAGCAAACUCUUAGGAUCCUUGUCAGGCAGAGGUUCUGCCACUGUACCCUGGUGUCAAAGGGUCAGCCUUGUGCCAGCUGCCUCUUUGUGGGUGGCUUUCCUUGCAUGGAUUGAUUCUGUGUUCCUACAGUAUGUGACACGGUCUACUGCGUUUUUAUAUGACACUAGAUGCCCCACAAGAAGCCUCCUCAUUAUGUCCCCUGUUUAAUGGUUUCCCUAGUGCUCAUACAUGACUACUCAGUAAAGUGAAAAACUCCUUUGAAAAGGUGUAUGGGAUUAGACUCACCUUGGAGACUGGAGGUGCCGGGGUCUCCUUUGUAGCCUAGCAUGGGCCCAACACAGUUUAUUACAACUUGUUUUAAUGUCUGAAGCAAACCAAUGGCUCAGUAUUAAGAGAAAUGCAUAUUUUUGUGUUUCAGUUUGGGCCUGUAUAUUGGCUGUAUGGCACAUGCUCAGAAGGCUUCUACUGGGCCUGGCCCUGUUUCCAGCUGUUCUUUAUCAGAGCAGACAAUUUGUAGUGUGAAAUUAGGGAACCUUCCAUAUCUUUCAUUCCUGAAAGAGUUUUUUAUGUGCCUACAUUUUUCUUUAAUUUAAAAAAAAAAAAGCAUAUCCAUCAGUUUUAACAGCUACUAAAGAAGCUCAGGCUUUUGACAAAUGGUUCUUAAGAUUUUCUUCUCCAUUCUAGGGAAUUCUACAGUCUUGGGUUAACAUGGCCAGCCAUGUGUACCUCAUUACCUAAGCACUACUUUAGACAUGAGUUCAUGCAGACUCAUUAGAUGCACAUAUUAGAUUUCCCUCCCUUUAAAGAUGUGUAAGGUGAGGAACUACCCCUGCUGUUGAAAACCAUGUACAUUUUUGCUCUUUGCAUCGAGUAUUAACAAGAUGUUUUCUUCUUUUGCCUCUUUUAAAUGUGUUUGAUGGUGAAGUGGGUCACUGAUUACCAUCAGUUGAAUGAAAAGUAUUCAACCCACUCAGGAUUCAAAGAAAAUAUUUUCUCCAAGUAUCUUGACACUUGCGUUUUGCAGAUAGAUGCAAGUCAAGCAUUAAACGUUGUUUGUGGUUGAGAGACUUCUUGUCUGCUAAGAAGAGCCAGCCACCCUGAGAGGGACCGGUAGGUCAGUGUAGCCACCUCCUGACUUCCCACACAUGGCCUCAGCAGCCCUCUUUGGAUUCUGAGACCUCUUUGAUCACAGGUGUAAAGCAGGAAGAUGUGGGGGUGCUUCACAGGAAAUGCAGGUUGCUGAAUGCCUUGGUAGGUAAUUGAUAGGGUAAGUACUGCAUCAGCCAUCCCAAGCCACUGCCCUCCUCCUCCCUUGUGGAGAACCUUUGCUCUUCAGUGGGCUUUCCGGAUCAUGUGCCAUUGUGGAAACUAAGGUCUAACCCAUAGCAUAACCAGCUCGGAGGCUCUUCGGUUCUACGGACAGCUUUUCAUUUUUGUUUCGUUUGCCCAGUGCCCAUUUCGAAGUGGGCCAUGGAGGAAUUGGGAGUGUCCAUUGUUACGUGGUGGUUUCUGUUGUGUCUGCACUUGUUAACGGAGGAGCUGGAAUCAUCUGUGUGUUCAUGUAUCCAGUUCUCACUCCACACAGGUGGAGCAGUGGAAGGGGGAGGAAGCUGUCUUCAGUUUCAGGCUGAGGCUCUGUGGUCAGGUGUGGCUGUGGUGACAGAGGGUUUGGUAGCUGGUGACCUUCAGAUCCUUCUCAUCUGGAAAUGACAGUCCCUAGUUCUCAAGUCAUCCCCAGUCGAACUUGAAGUUCUAGCUGGUGUGGAAGGAGUGGCUUGGGGGCUGGCUGCUGACUCCGGUGUUGCUCCUGUCCUGCUGCUGCCUGGCCCUGGGGAGCUCUGGGGCUGCUUUUCUAUUGGUUUAAGCUCCAGUUUGUUUUCUAUACUAAACAUUUGGUAGAAUUGGAAAUAAGACAAAAACAUUUUAGUCUUUUUAAAAUUUACUUUUUCUCUUCACCUAUGGGAAUUUUGUAGUCCAAGUUGGUAGAAUAAAACAGCCCGUUAAGGAGGGCUACCUCUUGAACACCUGAGAUCUAGAUUGAGGGUUCUGAGGAAAUGGAGUACUGAAUGAGCUGAGGAGUGGUACCAGGAAACUGAAGGAGCAAGUAACUUGAAACCGAAAAUGUCCUCUUUAAAAGAAAAGCAAUUCAGGCCAGACACAACCUGGAUCCUUGGAUUUGAUUGUACAGGAAACUUAGCAGCCUGCAGAAUGUCUGCUCUUGGUCUCCUGUUGCCUCUGUUCUCUCCUUCUCUGCAUUCUGUUUGACUUGGUCUAUCAGUAAGCCAAGCUCACCAGGGUCUCAAGGCGAAUGUUGCCUAAAACUUGGGUCUGUAACUUGGACAGUGUGAAGAACUUUCAUAGUAUGGUUAUAUGCUUCCUGUCCACCUAGACUUGAGUAGGAUUAUCCACUGUAGGCAACACCCCUGAAGGGCACACCUAGCUUCAAGAACAUGAACUACAAAGGAAGAAGCCGUGUUUCUGAGAGGAACCUUGACCCACUCCUGUUGGUUUUGAUUUCUUGUAGAUCUACUGGAUCUUCCAUCAGUCUUGCAAGGUG